AUGUCUGCCCCUACGCUUCACGUUAUCUAUGCCGGUCGUGGCGAUGCUAUGAUCCUAGAACAUUCUGUCGGCAACCAGCGCAACUUUUUCCUCGUCGACGGUGGUCCAAGAAACUAUGAAUUUGGUGUCAAUACCGAAGCUCCAUAUCAUCGAUACCUUGCGUCCGCUUGCCGGGAAAUCAUGGGCGAUGGCAAAACCUUCGCUGGGGUUGUUUUCUCGCAUCCCGAUGAAGACCAUUUUGGCGGGUAUCUUCAGGCGUUGGAUGAGGGGCAAAUUCCAUUCACGGAUAAUGUCUUCAUACCAACUCCCAGUUCUGGGGCAGAGACGGCCAACGCGCGAAUACACGACCUCUGCAUCAAUAAGAACAUGGAUUCGGCAACUAUUCGUCCUCAAGAUCCGCUGGGAUCAUACUUAAUUCGUCCAAUCAAGGCUCUCUUCCCAGACAUGCCAAGAAUUCUCUGGUACUAUAGAACAGCAAAUCGGCUCAUCACAAACCAGAAGGAGUACAACGAGAAUCUGACGACAAACAAACGCAGCAUUCUGAUGUAUACCGCCGUAACUAACUCCAACAAUGAAAUGGGAAUAUUCUUUACGGGAGAUAGCCACGCCGACAUCAUCUCUCAUCACAUGUACCAACUGUUUCCGCACGAGGCGAAUCGCCGAUUUGCAAUCUACAAGAUCCAACACCACGGGAGCCGUGACGACAACAUGAAAGAUCUAUACAAGCCGUAUUUUUCAAAGGGUGCCAAGGCCGUGGGCUUUAUCUACUUUCUUUUGAAGGUACAAAAAGGGACUGCUCAUAUGCCUUUCAUACAAAAGAGCAAGACAAUGGCCAAGGCCGCGGCCAAACAUCUGUCCACCCGUUUAAAGAAAUUUACCAACAAGGAAUUUUCAGAUCUUGAGAAAAAGGUGAAGCGGAUUCAGGAAACGCAACUGAAGUAUUUGUACAGGCCAGCCGAAAAUAAAUCAGUCAUUGUUGAUGCGGAUGACGACCAACCUCCGUUUCUUCCUUAUAUAGAGAAGUAUUACGACGCACUCGACAAUGCAAUGAAGUCAACUGCGGGGUGGGACUAUUUCUUGACCAAGCGGGCUACUACGGAGUUCCUUACAUACAUUCAUGUCCGCAGGGCUUGCGACUUCUAUUCAUUCUUCUCAUCAGACGUGUAUGUGGUGAGCGCCAAUCGAAAGUAUUUUCACCCACGGUCUGAGACACUUGUUGGACUAGCUCUGGCAGUUCUUGAGAAUAACCGUACUGCCCGGCUGUAUGUCACCAAUGGGAAAAGCCUCGACAUGGAUGAGCUUGCCAGGGUUGCCAGCGUCAUGGGUCCAGCAUCAGUUUACGAUCUUUUUUGCUCAGGAAAUCUCAGGGUCUCAUAUCUGAGUCACAGUACCUACAUGUCUCUCAGUGGCGCGUCGCAAGGCAAGGAUAGCGCCAUGAUCGUGACUGAGCGUGACACGAACGAUGCCACACAGGAGAUUCAGUUCAACGACAACGAUGCCCAGCAAAGAACGGAUCUGCAUGUCCUACUGGAACAGACCGACCCUCAUCGCAUACUCGACACUCACGAGUACCAGCUCAAGGUUUUUGCCAACUUCUCUUGGUUUUACCUUUACCUACAACAUGAUGCGAAUGGCUUCAACUGGGCCAUCUCGGAUCCCAAUAGCCCAAAAUCCGUCUGGAUAGACGAAAGAGAUAUGAAAGUCGACAAUCAGUUCACAAUCAAUUGUCGAGCAGAAAAGUUUGGUCUCGCCUCCCGAUGGGUUACAGUCGAAUUCGUUGGUCAUGAUGCUGCGAAAGUGAACUUGUUUGGCAUCACGGAUAUCCUUUCCGGCAUGUCCUUCUUCAAGGGGGACAGCGGAUUGAUUCGAUUCGACAGAAGGCCUUCCUAUGCUUUCCUAGUAGGAGUGUCUUUCGUUCUGAAAACAAAUUUCAUGCAAUCAGGGACUUGGUCUGGGGAACCGAACCGAAGCUCGACAAGCUCCUUGCACCAGACCCAAAUACCUUACUCUCAACCCCAAUCCACUGAGCCAACGAUGGUUUCCAGCUCUGAUAUGCCUCUUCGACAGGCAUUUGAAGUUCUUGGUGACCCAAUGAAGGACGGCAACAACCCGGAUAUUAUCGAUACGCUGAGCAGACUGUUGCGAGACAAAGCUACCCUGAUAGCCAUAGUCAAGAGAAUUCCUGCAGUGCUUAUCAAGGCUGGAUUCACUAGCUUCAAAGCCGAUCUCGAUAAGUCCAGAGCCAUCGUCGACGCUCACCCACUUGAUGGAAAAGCUGUCGUCAGUGCCGUUCUGUAUCAACCAAUGGCCGGGAAUGGUGAACGAAAUUUCGUCGAUAUCAGCAUGGCUGGACUCGACUUCGAACUGAGAAACAUCACUAUCAAGAUUGACAAAUGCGGCUCUUCACAAGUUCAUCUCACUGUGGAAUCCGAGGCGGUCAUGAAGAGAACAGGCCUGGAGAUCAGGAUGGCUUGGAAGUCGCUAGAGAACGACACAAUCGUCUCUUUCAGUACGGGUCUUACAUCUAUCAAAGAUCUCGCCAUGGCUUUGGUCAAUGAUGAGGGAAAAGUAGAGAAGAUCUUACAGGGGAAUAUUCCGUUAAAGACCGAGCCCCUCCCUGGCGAUUCUGUUCCGUCCAUGGGGACUUUUCAGGGGCCUAUAGAAGAAAUCGGCUUCUCUGUCCGGCAGCCCAUUGACCAAACUGAUAUGUACGACCUAGCAGACAUCUGGGUUCGCACCGGGUUCCCAGACUGGAAGACCUUCUUACCAAUACCUGAAACGUCGAAGGAGAUCAAGGGGGACGUCAUUGUUCGGGUGCUGAAUCCCCUUCGCGUCGAAGCAUCAAGAAUUACAACGAGUGUGCACUUGGAUAUCCCUGUUCGAAGCGAGCCAGAAACGACAAUCUCAGCUCAGUUUGACGCCAUUCCCCUCACAGGACUGGGCGAUUACGACUAUCGGUUUCGGAUUACAUCUACUAGUCAUGGGGUAACCAUAACUGAUAUUGUCAAAGUUAUUGGCCUUACCAGCUUAUCCGACAAGAUCAGCAACAUACCCUUCUUGGGUAAUGCAUUCAACUCUGUGCAAGUCAGGCAGGCCGGUCUUUCUGUGGACAGGGUCAAGGGCAAGUGGGAAUUCCAAGAAUGGGACUUUGAGCUUUACGUACCAAUCCUUGAGCUUUUACCUGGCUCAUUGUCAUUGGUAGAUGUGGCUGUCAAAGUUGAAAACUUUGGAAAGCAAGAGAUCCAAGCGAAGGGAGAAGCCACCUUUCGAAGUACAGCACUGCAGAAGGAGAUUAAGGUCUCGGUUGGUCUUCCAACGGCACAAGACCUCGGCUUCAUUGUUAUAUCAUCUCCCGACUCCCUUACUUUGGCCCAUAUAUUCUCUAUUUUUGGACUCGGCGACUUGCCAAAAAUUCCAUUCCUGUCAGGUAAUACUGCCGUUGAGCUGUCAUACUGCGAUGCAAAGUUCAAAAAGCCUAAGGAUGGUCCCAUCACAAUGAUGGCCUCCACUGCCAAGUUUCGAGUCAAGGAGUUGGUGGUUGAACCUUUUAAAAUGCAAGAUAUCGCGGUCUCGGUAUCCUGGCAACGGGGCAAAGAGAGCAAUACCGAAUCAGCCGUUUCCUUUGAGCUUUCUGCUUUGCUGCUGAACAUCAACUCCGUGAUAACCGUCAAGUAUGACGGUGGAAAGAAGGAAAUGACAGCUUCCAUCACCCCUAUCACAGGAUCACCUAUGAAGGUGGCGGAUGUCUUGCAUUUUCUGAUUCGUGGCGUCGACAGUCCGCUUCACUCAGCAUUAGCCAGCCUAGAAAUCAAGAGUGUAGAAAUGUCUCUGGAUGUCAGCACAGGCUCCCCGUCAUCAUUCAAGCUAGAGAUGAAGAAUGGUGCGACUCUGAAACUUCCCUCAGCGACGGACACAGAUCCUUUUACUGUGGGCUCUAUCACAGUUGAGUAUAGCAAAGUCGCAAGCAAGCUUGAUGUGUUUGCAGGAUUCAUAAUUGAAGGUGUUCAAACGAACAUCAGCCUUGCAACAUCGACAAACCCAACGACCAAAGAUCGCUCUGUCGAAUUCGCAAUCACGUUGCAGAAAGGCCAGAGAGAACUCGGGCUCAUGGCUCUCCUCGCCGCAGUAGGAAUCAACGACGUUAAGAUACCGCGACCAGAAGGAUGCCCGGAGUUUACCAUUGCCGUGGCCGGCAUCAAAGGAAAGUUUGUUGAUAAGGAUAAAUUAGGCCUCAAGUUUGCUGAGCUGGGCGUGCAUGUCGAGAUGGCCAGUGUUACUCUGUCUGAUUGGGAUAUGUCUAUGGACUACAUCUACGUUGACGUUGACUAUAACAAGGCUCGAACUGAGAAGCCUUUCUCAGCCUUGGUUUCGAGCAAAUUCACAAUUGCGAAGUCUGCUGAGAUGACAAUAGAAUAUGUCGACGCAAAGGACGCUUUGGAGCUGGACGCCAAACUGCAACACAUCAAGGAGGACGAAGUGAAAGUCAAGCCCAUCUUGGAGUGGCUUGUUGGCGAAUCGAUCGAAGACGCUUUACCCACGUUCAUUUCGGAGGCAGUGAUUAAGCUCAAGAACUCACAGUUUGGAAUGUCUUUAAGUCGCCACAAAGGAGAGGGAAAUUCUGUCAUCACUGUCUCGUUGAGCUUCACUUUGGGGUCUGUUACUGUGCAACUUGCAAGAACUAGGACUCGACCAGAUGAUGCAAAGAAAGAGGACACACUGCCAUGGAAGACACUACUCAAACUUGCAGUCAAUACCCUUCCGCGACCACCGCCAUUACCACUUAUCGGUCAGAUGGAACAGCCAUUUUCUACUCAGAUAUAUUGGACCAACAGUGACAUCUUGCCCGAGGAGGUAGACAAGCUGAACAGUGUUGCCACUUUCAAAAAUCAGCAACUCCUCAGGUUGAAUCGUUCCGCCCCAGGCCCAGCUUUCAGCCAAGGAAUAUCAUUCAUGCUGCUCGAAAAUGGCGAGGUCAUUCUUGCUACAAAACCCAGGAAGAGCAAGAAGAAAGACGACCCUUCAGGCAAGAUGAUUGUGAUCUCGGAGGAGGAAGAGAACCCGGAAGCCCCGGAGAUGAAGAAAGUCAACAAGAGAGUCAACGGUGUCAACAUCACAAACAUUGGCCUCGAAUAUGAUGCCAAGCGACAAAGGAUCAAAGUCAAGUUCACGGCACGUAUGACUGUUGGGCCUUUCGAUGGGGAGUUGAUCAACUUCAGCAUGUCCGUCAAUCUACCGCGUGGAGAAAUGAUAGACCUAAGUAAUUGGGGAAAUCUCGACAUUGAUAUGGGUCUCGAUGGACUGUCUCUUGCGAUGACCGGGUCCAGCCUCAAUGUCGCUGGGACUUUGCACCGCAUCAAGGUCGAAGAAGAGGACAUCUCCGUUACAGGAUUCGAGGGCGGAGUCAGUGUCAAGCUCAAGAAGUACCAAUUUGUCGGGUUUGGCUCUUACAAGAACGUCAAGAGCCAACAGGAAGAGUUUGUCUCCCUCAUGGCCUACGCGAUGCUCAAUGGGCCCAUGGUCAAGACAGGCCUUGUCGAACUCUCUGGCAUCAGCGGGGGCUUUGGAUUCGGUUCGAAGCUCGAGAUACCAUCUAUCACUGACAUACACAAAUUUCCGUUGCUUGUGUCCCCCGACGUCGAUCCGAUGAUCAUGUUUGAGAGGCUUCGGGGGACAGGAGACAUAAAGUACAUGACCGAGACAAAUGGUGCAAACUGGGUUGCGGCUGGUGUCUCAGGCACGGCUUGUGAGCUCAUAGACGUCAGAGCUGUCUUGACUAUCCCGCUUGAUCCUAGCGCCGGUGAGAUGGCUAUCGUGGGUAUUGCAUCUGCUCAGUUCCCACGCGAUGCAAAGCCCGGUAAGGCACUUGCAGCCAUCAGGAUCAAUUUCCAAGGCAGUAUCGACAUAUCGCGCGGCUUCAUGCUUUUCGAGGGUAGGAUUGCUGAUGGCUCGUUCAUCUUGUUCGAUGACUGUGUCCUUUCAGGAGGGUUUGCUGUUGGGGCGUGGUUCGGUCCGAGUCCCCAGGCUGGAGAUUGGUGCAUCACUAUCGGAGGCUGGCACCCCAAAUUUCAAGCCCCAAGUCACUAUCCAUCUGCUCCUCCUCGAAUGAGACUCCAAUGGAGUUACGGAGACACCAAGUAUCUUACCCUCGACGGCCAGGCUUAUGCAGCUGUGACUCCCGACGCUAUCAUGGCCGGAUUAGCAGUGCAAGUCCAGUUCGAGAAGUGGUCGUGUGGCGCUAACUUCGACUUCCGUACCGACCUCAUACUCUGGCUGCAUCCCCUUCACUACGAUGUUUACUUCCAUGUAUCUGCGAGUCUGUGGUACGAAGUUGAUGCCUGGAUCGCACGCAAGAAGCUUCACAUCUCUAUGGGUGCCGACUUGUACAUCAGUGGACCGCCAUUUGCUGGUACAGUCGAAUUCGACGUAACUGUUAUGGUCAUCAAGGUCAAGUUUGGUGAUCAUAGAGUACAGGAUAAGGCGCUGGAGUUUAAUGAGUUCAUGUCCAUCGUACUCAAGAACGAUAAGUUUAGUCAUGUGUUUUCACUUGAAUCUGGGGGUAUAGUCCCCAGACAAGCUCCGACAGAGGCACAGACCCCAGACUCUACUUGGCUAGUUCGUGGAGGAUCGUUUGCGUUUAGUAUUGCCUCUCGGAUGCCUACGACCAGGAUAGAAUUUACUGGGGCAAAGGAUUAUGAGAAAAAGACUGGCGAGAAGAUUCUUGCACGACCUAUGCAACUUCCUGCAACUUCAGCUGGUUUCAAAGCCAAUAUCGAUGUCUCUGUGACUAAUAACAGCGGAUCCUUGGUGCACGGCUUCACCUUCGAGGUCAUUUACGAGCAGCUACCAAAAUCUCUCUGGGGCCCAUUCAACAGCAAUCCCAAUAACAUGCUGUAUGGAGCUUCCGAGAGCACAGUGACGCAUGCAACGGGACUGAGUAUCCAAGCUCCCAUGGCUCGAUGGUCGAGCGACAACCCUCGAGUCAUACAGUUCAGCAAAGUCGGGCGGUCGGAGCCUGUCCAUGCUUCCUUCAACAACGACCCAACUCGAGAUAAUGGCCUCGACGCAAAACCGAGAGCGAAUGAAGAGAAUCCGGAAGCAGAGUUCGAAAACGCUAGAGAGGCACUUAUGGGGAGCAAUAAACGAGUGGAAGAGCUAGAGGCUCUCAAGAAGCGAAAUGCUCGGAGGUCAUAUAUUGUUGAUCAAUGGAUGGGUAUUCGGAAGUUCAAGUCACCGGCCAGUCUCAGGAGUGACGUACCUUUGAGAUAUGCCAAAGACCUAGCUCACUUCUCACACGUUGCUCCAAGGGUUUCACUAGAAUAG